AUGAUGCUACGGGUUUUGGUUUUGACUUUGGACGAGGGGCACACUCUCGACAAGGAUCGUCUCAAGGAAUGCCUUCAGUUUGCAGCCAGGGCUCUUGAACUCGCUCAGACCAGGUUGCCGCCUGCGGACGAGGUAGAAGUGACGGAAUUCGAGGAAUUAUCCCGACCAGGGAACGUGCCGGUAGAAGUGCAACAAUGGUUGGCCUCCACGUUCACGAGGAGAUUCUCCAAGAGUCACUCGAAGAAGCGACGUCGAUUCCGAUCCGUCGCCACGGCCAUCUGCGCUGGGCUGGCCGUGGAACGCAUCUUUCGACGUCUCUCCGCUUCCUACUUCCCUUCCUUCCCCGAGGAAGUGGAGGCAUUUCUCAAGGGAGUGAACGAAUGGGAGUUUGACGUGUUCGAAUUCCAUCGACUGUCCGAGGGCUUCCCCCUGCGAUACAUGGCUUACGAGCUCCUCAAUCGAUACGGGAUCCUUCACCGAUUCAAGGCAAGACAUGGGGCAAAAUGUCCACGGGUCUCUUUCAAGGACUUGGAAUGCUUCGUGAAGAGGCUGGAGGCUGGUUACGGAUUGCACAAGAACCCAUACCAUAACAACACCCAUGCCACGGACGUGACUCAGACCGUCCACAGCAUUCUUUGCCAGUCUUCCUUGGCCACGUGGCUGAGUCAUCUGGAGAUCUUUGCGCUGCUGUUCGCAGCCAUGUGUCACGACUACGAGCAUACAGGAACGACGAAUGACUUCCACGUUAUCACCCGAUCCGAGGUCGCCUACCUCUACAAUGACAAAUCCGUCCUGGAAAAUUAUCACCUCAGUCAAACCUUUAAAUUAGUUAGCCAGAGGGAAUGCAACAUUCUCGGGGGUCUGAAUUCAGAAGAGUAUCGAGAGUUCCGGACCUUGGUCAUCGAUGCCGUUCUCGCCACGGAUAUGGCCACCCAUUUCGAACAAAUCGCCACCGUUCGUCGCCAACUCGUCCGGCCUGAAUUCGAGUCUGACCACGAAUCCGCUAUCUACAAAGACCAGUGGCGGGAUCGAGAGACGGAGUUGGGUCUCCCUGCCAGUCCCCUGUGCGAUCGCCAUUCAACCCACGUCCCUGACUCCCAGAUAGGUCUCCGUCCCUUCCUUCUUCCUCGGUCAGGUUCACUUCCCCGGUUUCUGUUUCUGCAUCCUACUCCUGUAGGCUUCAUCGACUUCAUCGUGUCGCCAACGCUGACCUUGGUCACACAGCUGUUGGAUUCAAUCGACAAAGUUCUCGAGCCUUUGACAGCUGGAGCCUCCAUGGAAUUAUCUGGCCCAACCUCGGUCAAGAAGAAGCUCUCCGACAUCCCCGAAAACCAUGCCAAGAACACAUCCAAUUCGAUUUAUUUUAUGCGUCCGAUCUGUCUGGUGCAGAGGAAGCGGAGCAUGCAUCCAAGGGAGGAGAUAAAGAUGGGAGACCUUGGGGAAAAUACUUGA